CAACGAACAUCAACGGACGAGCGAUACAACAAGCGCCGCAAUGGGAUCAAGAAGAUACGAUAGUAGAACAACGAUCUUCUCUCCAGAAGGCCGUCUUUAUCAAGUUGAAUAUGCGUUAGAAGCGAUUUCUCAUGCCGGCACCUGUAUAGGAAUUCUUGCGGAUGAUGGUAUCGUGCUGGCUGCUGAGAGGAAAGUCACUUCAAAACUUUUAGAGCAGGAUUCCUCCGCUGAAAAGAUCUACACGCUAAACGACAACGUUAUAGUUGCAGUUGCUGGAAUGACAUCCGAUGCAGGUAUAUUGAUAAACAGCGGACGUGUGCAGGCCCAAUCGUAUCUCAAGACGUACAACGAGGACAUUCCGGUGGAGAUGCUGGUUCGCCGUUUAUGUGACGUUAAACAAGGCUAUACACAACACGGAGGGUUGAGACCUUUUGGUGUAUCCUUCAUCUAUGCAGGCUAUGACGACAGAUAUGGCUUCCAACUAUACACUUCAAACCCAUCGGGCAAUUACUCCGGCUGGAAGGCAACCAGUAUCGGCGCAAACAAUGCUGCAGCUCAGACCUUGCUUAAACAGGAUUAUAAAGAUGGAAUCAACUUGAAAACAGCUUCAGAAUUGGCCUUAAAAGUGUUGUCAAAGACAAUGGACUCAACCUCUUUAACAAGCGAAAAGAUUGAAUUCGCAACAAUCUCAAGAGAUGGAAAGGGAGAGCUAACACAACGUGUUUGGAAGCCAGCAGAGAUUGACAACUUGUUAAACGAAUCCGGUAUCGUCAAAAAAGAUGAUGAAGAUGAAGAGUAGUGGAUAUAUAUAUAUAUCUAUAUAUAUGAUAGUGUUGAACCCUUACGUAAAUUGGAAAUAGGCUAAACAAGAAAACAUAAAAACACAAAUAAUCUAAGGAUACACAA